CGGCUGACCCCUUGCUGCUCCUCCCGGGAAGUUUCUCCUGUCGCUCUGCGUUUUCGGAGCAGCUGCCGGUGCUCGCUUCUUUUCCGGUUUGGAUUUAUUGGGGAGGAGAUGUGUGCGUUGCUGCUUGUCUUGUAACGACCCGCGGGUGGAAUAGAUCUGCAAUCAGUGCGGUUCGUUAUUAUAGGAGAAAGGGAGCCGAUGAGUUGAAAACACGGAUACUUCUGUUAUUCCUCUUCAGGCCGAGAUGACAUCGCAGAAAAGGAAGUCAUCUUUAGCGGGACCGACAUCUAAGCGGCAGAAGCUUGGUAACGAUGGGGAAUGUCCUUCUGUUACAACGAAGAAAAAAAACAGUGUUUCCAGCAAAUCUACACCCACCAAGUGCUUCCAAAAGAGGGAUGUACAGAAACCCAAACGUCAGACGGCUACAACCGAUAAAAGGAAUAAUGUUUCGCACAAAGGCAAGCCAUGUCCCCAAAAGAAAAACGCUUCCAAAAAUCCAGCAAAACCAAAAGCUCCGGUAAAAAAAGCCAUUGUGAAAUCUGUGCCGUCACGUCAAACAAAAGCUGUGCAAAAGACAAAAAGGACAGAGGCCAAAAAAGUCCAGACUAACACAAAAACUGCGAUCGCAAAGAGAACGGCAUCGAAAAUAUCCAAAGAGACUCCUCCUUCGAAGAGAAAAUCGGCGUUGACGCGUAAGUCUGCGGCGACGGCAUCGAAAGCCUUGAAAAAUACUCGGGCUGACGUGGCUAGACGCGGGUCCGGGUCUGUCGCUGUACAAAAAGGGAACGUUUUAUCCCAAAAAAAUAAUAGCAAAAACACUUCCAGAGGAACUGCGAAGAAAGAACAGUCCAAAACUAAUAACGUUAGCGCAAAAUCUUCAGUCCGGAAACCUGACGUGAAAAGUAAAAGACCCCGUAGAGGUUCGGAGCCUGGUGCUAAGCAAGAAAAGAAACCGCUCAGGAGAGUCGGUAUAACUGCGGGGAGCUCUGGGCAAAAGAAAACCAAGGUAGAUGGGCUGAGGAAAUCCGGAAGGGUUAGUCGGGUAAAACCAACAGCUCAGGUACAAGCACAAGGUGAUGAAGUAGCCACUGCUGAGCCAAAGGAGAACUCCAGGGGAAAGCGUGCUAAGCGACACGCUGAUGAUGCACAUAGUAGUUCCCCUUCAUGUGGCUCCUCAUCUGAGACAAGUAAGCCAAAAGCAAAAGUGUCUUCACCAACGCCUGUGAAACGCAAAGGAGCUGCCAAUAAACCUUCAGUAAAAAGGCAGAAAAGUGUGCAGUCUAAUUCAAAAGCUGAUAAACGCAAGGAAGCUCCCACUCCUUCAGAUGACCCAAAGGCCAAGAGAGUUAGUAUCUUGGACUUGUGUAGCGAAAUAGCUGGAGAAAUCGAGUCUGAUACAGUGGAAGUUGGGAAGGAGACACACGCUUGUCAAGAAGAACCCAAAGAGGACAAUCUGCUAGAGGAGAAUAAAGAAGAUAUGAAGCAGGUGACUGUCCAGUUGGAUCCAGCUGAAGAAAGCCCGGUUAAACCUUCAAAAUGUUUCUUUCCAAGUCGAAAAACAACACAGAUGAAACGUAAGCUUGAACAAAAGAACAGUCCUGUGCAAAAGAACUCAAAGUGGAAUAAAAUCAAGCUUAAAAAACGCAAUCAUUUGGUUCAAAGCAGUACACCCAGAAAUCGAGCUGUGCUUCCAAAUCUAGAUUCCAUUAAAGCAAAACCGCUUGCCCCAACAGCUAGCAAAUCCACCACAAGCACCUUGAGUUCUCCAAAGAGCGAGAGUCAAUUGUCUGAUAGCACGAACGCGGAACUAAGCAAACCGAUCCCGGAGAUCACAAAAUCCAGACCUCUGGCUGCCGUGCAAAGACGUUUACCUGAGAAGAGUGCAGCGAGGAAUGGCGUUCUGGAGAACCAUCUGAAGCAUGAGCUGGAAGUGGUACUUGAUGAGGGGUUUAGAUUACAUUUGGAUUCCAGUCCAGAAAAUUCUCCAUUUAAGAAAAACGACCCUUCUACAGCAACGCCGGUAAACGCGGAGGCACGAGGCUGUGCUUCCAAGCAGCUGGUCCAUGGCUUCCGUAAGGACCAGAUGGCUGCGGCUGCUGACAAGGGGAUUGCAGUGAAAACCCAUUCUUCAGCAGCAAAAUCCAGUCCUGCGGCCCCGGAUGUAAACAUUCAGAAAGAAAUUAAGAAGUUAAAAGAAAAAGAGAAGGACAGCAACAAGCAGCCCAUAAUUGACGCAGGGCAGAAGCGGUUUGGAGCCAUAUCGUGUAAUAUCUGCGGCAUGCUAUACACGGCAUCGAACCCCGAGGACGAGACGCAGCACCUGCUCUUCCACAACCAGUUCAUUAGUGCCGUCAAAUAUGUGGGCUGGAAGAAAGAGAGAAUAGUGUCAGAGUGUCCUGAUGGGAAGAUCAUAAUGGUGUUGCCGGAUGACCCCAAGUAUGCCCUAAAAAAGGUUGAUGAGAUCAGGGAAAUGGUGGACAACGACCUGGGUUUUCAGCAGGUUCCCCUUAGGCUCCAUUCCAGGACAAAAACUCUUCUGUUUAUUAGUAAUGAAAAGAAAGUGGUUGGGUGUUUGAUAGCAGAACACAUCCAAUGGGGUUACAGAGUGAUCGACGAAAGCGUUGCUGAAGGUAAAUCUGAGAACGAGCGUGCCAUUUGUGAGCGUGUGAAAGCGUGGUGCUGCUCCACAACCCCCGAACCGGCAAUCUGCGGAAUAAGCCGCAUCUGGGUGUUUUCCAUGAUGCGCCGAAGGAAAAUUGCCUCCAGAAUGCUAGAGUGCUUAAGGAAUAACUUCAUUUAUGGCUCCUAUCUGAAUAAAGACGAGAUUGCGUUCUCCGACCCCACGCCGGAUGGCAAGCUGUUUGCUACGCGUUACUGCGGCACCGGCCGGUUUCUCGUGUACAAUUUUGUCAGUGGACAAAAUCAAAUGAGCUGAAGCAUGGACUUCGCAUCUGGUCUGGUUCACAGAGCCCAAAUUUAUUUUUGGUAUUAUCCAAAUAUCCGAACGCAGCAGCCCAAAGGGCUACUCGGUUUUAGUAAAACUGGAAAACUAUGAAAAAAGUUUUU